UGUACACAUUUUUUCAACACGAAUAUCUUUACUCGAGGCAACUCCCUUUUCUUUUUGAGAGCCUUUUUUCAUUACUAGAUCUCAAAAACAAUACCCAGAUAUAGCUCUUUCACUCUUCAGACACAUCAAUUCUCCAAACAUAAGAAAAAAUGGCACUAAGCAACAAUGUCAUCGGUGCAAUCAACUUCGUUGCUAUGCUGCUCUCCAUUCCAAUCAUUGGUGCUGGAAUCUGGCUUGCAAAUCAACCAGAUAAUUCUUGUGUCAAGAUUUUACAAUGGCCUGUUAUAGUUUUAGGGGUGUUAAUCUUGGUUGUAGCACUAGCAGGCUUCAUUGGAGGGUUUUGGCGCAUCCCAUGGCUCCUUAUUGCUUACCUUGUUGGCAUGUUGAUCCUCAUCAUAUUGCUUGCAUGCUUGGUUGUUUUCGUCUACAUGGUUACCAUGAGAGGUUCAGGCCACCUUGAACCUAGUCGGGCAUACUUGGAAUAUCACCUGGAAGAUUUUUCAGGUUGGCUUCAACGAAGAGUUAGAAGUUCUUUCAAGUGGGAAAGGAUUAAAAUCUGUCUCAGCUCAACAGAUAUAUGUACCCAGCUGAACCAAACUUAUACAAUGGCCAUAGAUUUCUUUAAUUCCCAUCUAACUCCAAUAGAGUCUGGAUGCUGUAAGCCACCAACUGAAUGUGGAUACACAUUUGUGAAUCCAACAAACUGGAUCAGCCCCAUCGACAACAUAGCGGAUCCGGACUGCAUACAAUGGAGCAAUGACCAAACGCAGCUGUGCUACAAUUGUAAUUCAUGCAAAGCGGGAUUACUUGCAAAUAUAAAACAAGAAUGGAGAAAAGCCGACAUAAUACUGCUCAUAACUCUUAUUGCUUUGAUAUGUGUAUAUCUAGUAGGGUGUUGUGCAUUUAGGAAUGCAAAGACUGAGGACAUAUUUAGGAAGUACAAGCAAGGUUAUACGUGAGGAGUAGGUGGUUUGAAUGCAGUUUUUGGUUUUGUGACUUUGUAUAACUAAGCAGAUGUUUUACUUGUUUUCAUGUGGUUGAAAAUUUGUGUUGGUACUGAAUGUUUUCAUUACAGGGUGUAGACAUUUGUGUAAGAGCAGUGAUGAGAUGUGUCCAAUAUUUUACUGUUUAGUGCAUGAGAA